ACUUCGCUUUGUGCUUGUCAAUAAGAAAUGUCAAAAUGAUUAUUCUUGUGUGUUAGCCUAUCGUGCGGUUCCAAAAAUUUUCUUGAGCCAUUUGCUCUAGUGCCCGCGAUGUAAAUUGAUGGAAAAAUAAUGGAAAAUUGACUGUUGAUGGCUACGGUGGUAAAUGUGCGGCUCAUAUGGUGAAGACUUUGGGUGAAAUUUUAAAUGGAAAUGCAACUUCCGCGGACGGCCUUCCGCUUUAUCAGUGUUCACUAAAAGAAAAAAUCCCAACAAAAAAGUGCUUGUUUUCCAAUAGGACCACUCAGCUUGGGAAGAACGACAUUUUCUCGUAAAGAAGAAAAUCCUUGUGAAUGUUUUAGGAAUUUUGUGUGAUAAGGAUGUGCUAUCAGUAGCAGUGACAGUGGUUGGUACGGAGGCAAAAGGAAGUUCCGGUGUCAAUGGGAAUUUUCCAUUAGGAUUCUUUUUUGCCCCCUUUGUGUCCAGGGUGAUUGCUAAGCCCACAGAAAAAAUUCUUUCUCAUCGUCUCACAUUCUCCUUCGGUUGGGAUCCUUAAGUGUGGGUGCAACAAGGACGGACAAAGGAUAAAAUACACAAAAGACGCAGAAACGACGAAAGCAGAAUUUCUUGCUCAUUUUCCAACUGCAAAUUUCAAAAGGAAACUCCCACCCUGUGAGAGAUGACAUUGGAAGACCAUUAAAAUGAUACGAGGAAAUUAAAAUCCCUUCAGAGAGAUAUAAUACAGCAGAUGGAAAUGAGAUUCAUGUGAAGUACCCCACAGAGGAGAAGGUGAAGGAGCCACAAAGGAGAAGGGAUUCAAAAAUCCCCGUGUUUUUGGGAAGAAUAUGAAAGGAGUCGCGAUGCAAAAUGUGGACAGUGUGUGUCUCAUGUCAUGAAUAUUUUGAAAUUUGGAAGCAUAGCAAAUGGCGAAAGAAAAAUCAAUUUUGGAAGAAUUUUGGGGGAAAGAAAAUAUGAGUGAAGUGUGGGACUUACCCCUGAGAGAUGGUUCGAAAGAAUAGCAGACAAAUUGAUAGUGCAGUGUGGGAAAAAAAUUGAACUCUAUUGUGCCAUUGAAAUAAAAAAAAAUCUCCAUACUCGUAAAUCCAUAAUUUCACUGGCAUCUCCAUCCGCUUGACGGGUGAAAAUGAGAAAAAUCUCUCAAAAAAAUUCUGAUGGAUAUUCCGUGUCAUCGAUGGAAUUAAAUAUCUCGUUGGUGGAACAAGAAAAAUCUAAAUUAAACGAAUUGUUCGCGUAAUUUUGAUUCACUUGAAAAAUUUGUUCAUUGCAUAAAUUUAAUCUAUUUUACAACAAUAAAAAAAACUAUCAAUGGAUUUUUCGAUUAAUAUAAUAAAUGAAUGAAUGAACCAAUAAUUUCGACGGAAUGUGCGUGACGUGAAGUGGAUUUUAUUUUUGAAAAAACAUUACAACAAUACAACCAACGAGCAAUAACGAGUUUAAUUGCAUUUCCGACCCGUGGGAAAAUUUUAAAAUUUUAAUUAACGUGUAAUCCAAUAGAAAAUUAUUCCACGUGUAUAAAAAAAUCAAAUAAACAUUUUUAUGAAUACUAAUAGACGAAGCUCUGUGUGCCAUCCUCUGUAAAGUAGCCUGAUGGUCCAAUUAAAUAGAGCUAGAAGGACUAUUUCCUCAAUCGAGCGAUAUAAUUAAAAAGAAAAUUUCCGCAGUGAGAGGGAGUCUAGAGACAAAAAAAAAAAUCAAGUGUAAGGAAGAGUGAGAAAAAGAAGUAGAAUUUUCCAAAAAAAAAACAGAAGAUGAUUGGUUUGGAAAAGACACCACUAUGGAAGCCAUCGGGUUCACCACAAAGGGAGAAUCACAUUGAAAAUGGGCACGUGAUUCUGCGUAGUCCGGCACGUUUGUUAAAUGGCAACUUUCCCACAGCCGCCAAUGGAAAUGGUGGAAAUGUGGUAAUGAAAUGCACAUUGUACCUGUUGAAGAGCGUCAAUUUUCGAAGAUGUGUCGCCGCUCUUGUUCUAGUCACCGUUGUAAUGAUCUUCUACUACACAAGUGUCGUCAAUUCACCAUUUCCUGGUUUCAUCCAUCAUGACACAAGACCAUCACCCCUGGUGAAUUGUCGAAUGAUGAAUAGAAAGGUCCACAUGGAGGGGUCCACGGCGCCUGAUCAUCGUUCCGAAGCAAGGCUGCGUAUCGAUCCCAAAGUGCUUGUAUUUGUGGAGACCACGUACUCAAGGCUGGGUCGUGACAUUGCAGAAUUGCUUGUCUACAAUCGAAUCAAGUACAAAAUAGAAGUGGCUGGCAAAAGUCUUCCGGUACUUACGAAUCUGGACAAGGGUCGAUACGGUGUAAUUGUAUUUGAGAACUUUGACAAAUAUUUGCACAUGGACAAGUGGAAUCGUGAGCUUUUGGACAAAUACUGCCGGGAGUAUUCGGUGGGAAUUGUUGGAUUUAUCAGUGCCAGUGAGGAGACUCUCGUGGGUGCUCAACUACGUGGCUUUCCCAUUUACAUUCAUACAAAUCUCAGGCUACGGGAUGCCACACUGAAUGCCCUCUCGCCAAUAUUGAGGCUAACACGGGCCGGGGAUACGGCAUGGGGUGCCCUCCCUGGGUCCGAUUGGGCUGUCUUCCAGCACAAUCACAGCACGUAUGAGCCCCUUGAGUGGGCACAGAGGAAUACGUUGGAUUAUCCAACGGACGGUGUGACGCAACCCCCCUUGGCGACGGUUGUGCAGGAUCAUGGUAAAUUCGAUGGGAUUCAGCGUGUUCUCUUUGGGUCUGGCUUGCGAUUUUGGUUGCAUCGUCUUCUCUUCUUGGACGCCCUGUCGUACCUGAGCCAUGGGCAGCUGAGCCUAAGUCUCAAUCGGAUGAUCCUUGUGGAUAUUGAUGAUAUCUUUGUGGGGGAAUUGGGGACACGCCUCAAGCCGGAUGACGUUCAGGCGCUCAUUGCAACACAGAAGCGUCUUGCAACCCUCGUGCCGGGCUUCAAGUUCAAUCUCGGCUUCUCGGGGAAGUACUUCCAUCAUGGGAAUCACGAUGAGAACCUCGGGGAUGACAUGAUCCUCCGGCAUGUGGAUCAAUUUAAUUGGUUCUCCCACAUGUGGAAUCAUCAGCAACCCCAUUUGUAUGAUAAUCUCACAAAUCUCGUGGCGGACAUGAUGCUCAACAAGGAAUUUGCAAGGGAGAAAGGGAUCCCCGUGGAUUCGGGCUAUUCAGUCAGUCCGCACCAUUCGGGUGUCUAUCCCGCCCAUGAACUCCUCUACAUGGCAUGGAAGAAAGUUUGGGACAUCAAAGUUACCUCCACAGAGGAGUAUCCACACCUUCGACCAGCACGACUGCGACGGGGAUUUAUUCACAGAAACAUCAUGGUACUCCCACGACAAACAUGCGGCCUCUUCACCCACACAAUGUACAUCGAUCGCUACCCGGGUGGUCGUGAGAAGCUCGACGACUCAAUCCAAGGUGGUGAGCUCUUCCAGACAAUUGUCUACAAUCCCAUAAACAUCUUCAUGACCCACAUGUCCAACUACGGGAGUGAUCGCCUUGCACUGUACACCUUUGAGUCGGUGAUAAAGUUCCUGCAAUGCUGGACGAAUUUAAAUCUCACAUCGGCACCACCACUUAAGCUAGGUGAGACGUACUUUAAGCUGCACCCCGACGAGGUGGAUCCCGUGUGGGGGAAUCCAUGUGAUGAUGUGCGCCACAUAAAGAUUUGGUCGAGGAAUAAGAGUUGCGAGAGUCUCCCGCGUUUCUUGGUGAUUGGACCGCAGAAAACGGGCACAACCGCCCUCUAUACAUUCCUCAGUAUGCACCCCAGUAUUGCCAGCAACCUCCCCAACCCCGAUACCUUCGAGGAGAUUCAAUUCUUCAACGGGAUCAACUACUACAGGGGCCUAGAUUGGUACAUGAACUUCUUCCCGGUACAGAGCAAUGGUUCAGCAAAAUACAUGUUUGAGAAGUCAGCAACAUACUUUGAUGGGGAUUUUGUACCAAAGCGAGCACACGCCCUUCUGCCAAAGGCAAAAAUCAUCAUGAUCCUCAUAUCACCGGCUAAACGUGCCUAUUCCUGGUAUGAGCACAUUAAGGCGCACGGUGAUUUAAUUGCCAACAACUACAGCUUCUAUCAGGUAAUAACAGCGAGUGAUUCCUCCCCACGUCCCCUGAAGGAUUUGAGGAAUCGCUGCCUAAAUCCAGGGAAGUAUGCUCAGCAUAUGGAACGAUGGUUGGCCUAUUAUACAGCACAGCAGCUCCACAUAAUUGAUGGGGAGCAGCUGAAAUCGAAUCCGGUGGAGGUGAUGAUGGAGCUUCAGAGAUUCCUUAAAAUAACACCCACCUUUGACUACUCCAGUCACCUGCGCUACGAUGCCAAGAAGGGUUUCUAUUGCCAAGUUGUCGGGGAGACACGGAAUAAAUGCCUGGGGAAGUCCAAGGGGCGACAAUAUCCGCCAAUGGAUGAGAGGAGUCAGAAAAUUCUUCAGAGAUACUAUUUGAGCCACAAUACAGCCCUCGUGAAGUUGCUACAUAAACUCGGCUCUCGCCCAAUUCCACAAUGGUUGAAGGAUGAUCUCUCCACGACAUCAUAACAUGCAGAGAAGCCCAUUGGGGUGGAGCAAAUUGCCUGCCCAGGAAGUCUCCGGUAAAUGCGGUGCGCAGUGUGAGCCUAACUAAAUGGAAGAGUUGUAUCUUUCGUCGAUUGUUGUAUUUAUUGAAAAAGGGGGUAUAUAUUAUACCCUUUUUAUACCCUUUUUAUACCCUUUUUGUAUGUAUUUUACCUUAAUUCUCAACCUCUUCGAAAAUACUACACUUCAAUACACCGACAAAAGUAUUUAAUUUGCUACAUACUUAAUUUUUUUUUAUUCCUUCAAAAGAAAAGAAGAAAAAAAAACGAAAAUCUUGGAAAUAAUGCAAAAUUUUUCGCUGCUCCAACAUUUCUUUCUAUUUUCUCCCAUCAUGAAAGAAAAUCGCAACAACAACAAAAAAAGAACUAUUUAUCAACAAUAGAAUGGAAAAUUGAAGAAAAUAGGGGUUGCAGAGCACGAUGUUCCAUUGAAAAGUGAUAUAUAAAAGAGUGAACGACGAGAGGUGAAGAAUGGGGAGAAAAUUGACAAUGUGAAGCCUGCAAAAAAAAAAGUGAGGGGGAGAAGAAAGCUAAACCGUCCACCUGUCUACUUUCCGUCCUACUGACUCAAGUAGUAAAUCCCUUGAUUGCCUCAACUUAAUCCCACUGCAAUGCAUUUUAAGCCAAUAAAUUGCUUCUGUGAAGCUUUUCCACACUCUCAUCCUGUCCCAGAUGUGCCCUCCACGGUGGAUUUUCUUUUGACAUUUUUUCUUUCGCUCUAAAGACAUUCCAGAAAUAAAAAUUAUUCUAAACUCUUUUUUUUUAAAGAACUUUUAAAUUUUUUUAAAAAGACCUCAAAAAUGAACCAUUUUUGGGAUUUUAUUUCCAAUUUUCCUUUGCCUAAUAACAAGGAUUCAAUCAAAAUUACGAAUUAAAAAAAAAGAGAAAACGCAAUGAAUGAAUUUAGGUAGAAAUAAAAAAUAUAUAAAAUUAAUGUUCCAAUGGGGUUAUAUACCUUUCAACCGUUCAGAUUAAAACAGUUAUUUUGUCUUUAAUAUUUCGAUGAAUUUACCGAAGAGCUUUCGUCUAAAUUCUAAAGCUCUAAAAGUUUGGAUUUUGCAAAAAGAAUUAUUUUCAAAAUAUUUUUUUUUAAAGAAAUGGAUUGACUUCUGUGGUCAAGACUUUCAAGAACUUGAAAUUUUUAUUAGAAACAUUUUAAAAAAGAUUUUCAAGAAUUUAAUUUUCAGUUUGAUUUUAAAAUUAGAACUAUUGGGUCGUAUUCUGUGACCAAGUUUUCCUUGAAAUCGUUGAAAUUUCAGAUGAAAUUCUUCAAAUUUCCAGGAUUUCUUAAUCACUGAAUAUACCCCUAUAACUUCCAGAAUUUAACAUUGAAAAUUCUGGAAGAAGUGUGGGAGGACACUACAACCGAACCGAAACCCACGCAUUCCGGAAGAAAAUCAAAAGUUAAGAGAAAAUCAAAAAUUUUAUUUUUGUUUAGAAAAAAUCUGUUAGUAUUUUCUUGAAAUUUUGAUUCGAAUAUUCUUCUACAAUUGUAAAGAGAUUUUUUAUUCUGUCAGCGAAUUAUUGUGUUAAAAAAAAUGUCAAAUUUUAUGCAUUUCUCUGUCAAAAAUAAAAGAUAAGAAUAAAAGAUUCUUUUGACAAAAAUAUCUUUAGCAAGGAUCUAAUUGUAAGUUAAAGAUGAUUUUUUUUUAAAUAAUAAUAUCAGAAAAGUCUCUUAUUCUGUAAGCAUUCUAUCUUUCUAUUCUAUCUGUAAAUGAAUUCUGAAUAGAAUGGAUUUUUUUUUCAAAAUUGUUCAGCAAAUAUGGGCAAUUCUGUCAAAGAAAUCUUUUACUCUUUUUUACCUUUAUGUCUUACAACGAUAAAAUAAAAAUUCUUUUCCGUUUUAAAGAGAAAAAUGUGUUCCGGCUUUGGGAUCUAAAAGUAGGUACUAUAAUAUUUUUUUAAGAUCUGACAAAUCUUUCAAUUCUUUCCGACGUAAUUGGAUCAAAAUCGAACUUUUAGAACCAAAGAUGUGACAUAUCAACCUUGAAAGACUAAAAGAAAUCAAAUUUUCCAUUAGAAAGGUAUAUAACCCCUCAUGUAAUCCCCAAAGUUACACAAUGAAAUUCAAUUUCAGCUGCAAUAAACUUUUUUUUUUAUUAGGACACAAAAUCAACGUGGCCACUAGUAGAAGCAGAUUUAUUGAAAUGCAAAAAAAAUCAAUUAAAAAACGUUUUUUAAAUAAAUCAAAAAAGGGACACGAUUAAUUUUGCAUUAUUUCCAACUUUGUGUACCAUUUAAUUAUUUAAAAAAAAACACUGAAUAUAUUGAAGAGGAUAUUUUUUAUUUCUUGUACUUUAUCCCAGUUUAUUUGGCUUUAAUUUAAAUGAGAGAUUUUACGUGGGGAAAUACAAUAUUUUAUUUUUUGAAUGGGACACGUUUAGGGGAGGGGGUGGGGCGUGUUAAAAUGUGGGUGGGCGUAUGACGUGUCAAUUGAUUCCAAAUCCUCGGGGUAUUUCACACACAAUGUGUUAAGGAGAAAUAACUCACUUGGAUACAUAUCAAAUGAGAUAACAAAAAUGGUUUAAUAUCAAACCGAUAUGACCAAUAUUUUAUCCACCUUCAAUGAAAAAAAAAUUGUCAAAAAUUAUGUUUAUUAAAAGGAAAACGAAUUACAUAUCGAGUGAGAAAUUUCGGCACAAUAAGCAAAAGAAGAAUUAAAAAAGAAAACAAUUCCUAAUAAAGAAAAAAAAAACGAAAAUAAGAAAUAAAACUUUAAUGCAAGAAAUAUUUUCAAUAAAAUGGCAAAAAAAAUUUAAAAAUUGUAGAAUAAAGAUGAGAAAAAUUCAAAAUUAAUGCAAAAGUUAAGUUUAAAAAAAAAAAAAAAGAAAUCCCAUUAAUUUGUGCCAUUAAUUAUUAAAGAGAAAAAAGAAGUAUCAAUUGUAGAUUUUUAUCAACGUAAAAAAAAACUUGUAAUUAGCCCAUUGAGUAAUGUGAAGAGAUGGUUAAGAUGACUGUAAUUGAUGAAAUUUACGUGAAGAUGAGGGCAAAAGUGAAUGGUGUGAAAAUAGAAUUUACAGCCCAAUUAAUUGUGUAAAUAUUAAAUAGUAAAAUGUGCUAAAAUUAAUGAUAAAUAUUGGACUAAGAGUGACAGAGGAUAUUUAAAAGAAAAAAAAAAACAAGUCAUGUGGUAAAUCCUUGUUUGACAAUAAAAAUUAUAAAAUGUA